AUGGCUGAUUACGUCGCCGAUCGACCUCUUCAAGAAACCUCCUCAUGGCCCCUUUAUCACGUAUCGGAAUCUCUCGAGGAGCACGGAAUCAGACACUGUAUCACCGGCGAUGCUAUUAUUGGGAUUCUCGGCUAUCCCUUAGUCAUUUGCGAAUUUUAUCUUGCGGUUGCAGACGAGCAACUUGAAGAUGCCCGCUCUGUCGUUCUUCAGCAAGGAUUCCAAGCAUCCCCAGUCCGCGAUAUAUAUGUGGAUAAGGAUGCUAGGGUUUCCCCUCUAGGCUGGCCAGGAUACAGACUAGUGAUGCCUUGCGCAUCCGUCUUCCCGGGGGUUAUGCUUGUUCCCGCGAGCUUCUGGCAUAUGGAUCUCUCAGAAUCGAGUCUAUCGACGAACACAUUCCUACAUGAUUCUACACGAUGCCGAUUUCCAAAGCGGCUAUUUUAUUUGGAUGCUCUGAUCGAUGUUAUUGUCGAAAACGCAUUGAACCCGGGCGGCAACCAACGCAUAUCGAGGUAUUUUAAAAUGCAGUAUCACUAUCUAGUCGGCUGCAUCCCUCCGGAUAUUCUUCUCAGUCUGCCGCCGGAGGACAAAUUCUUUGUGGACUUAUAUGGUAAACCGCUUCCACCAAAAACCCGGAAAAGAGUCUCCUUAAAUCGGCAGCGGAUUCGACAGGGUCUGAUGAAUGUUGAAGAAGCAUGGAAGUCAAUCCCCAAAAAAGCUCUACGGUUUGAAGAGAUAGAGAUAAACCGUAAAGCUCUGAAUUCGCGGUAA